AUGGCAAACUCUACUGCUGAUAUGAUGCCUGGUGGGUUGGAAAGUGACGAAGAAUCCUCACCUUUCGAGAUCUCUCUAAUCACAAAUAGUGUCCUCAAUGCUCUACUGAUACCAAUAUGUAUCGCUGGCAAUGUUUUGGUACUAGCCGCUGUAUGGAGAAAUCCUUCCCUACGCACUCCGUCUAUCGUUUUGCUGUGCAGUCUUGCUGUUUCUGAUCUUUUUGUUGGGUUUCUCGUUCUUCCAGUUAACAUUGCCAUCGCCCGCUUUAUCCUUUCUGGAAGCAGUUCUUACUCACGUCUGUCACAAGCAAGCCUCGUCCUCACUAUUCAACUCUGCUGUGUUUCCCUUGAAACAAUGACAGCCAUCAGCGUGGAUCGAUAUUUGGCCCUACGAUAUCACAUGCGAUAUCCGAACAUGAUGACCUCUAGACGUGCAACCUGUGUAGCAGCAACAUUUUGGUGUAAAAACGUCAUUUUAUCACUGCUUAGCAUUUGGAAGGAAAAUGCUAUUCUUCUUGUUGUAGUUGUCUUUGUUGCCUUAUGUCUUUUCAUUUCUUCAAUUACUUACAGUGCAAUUUAUCGAAUCGUUCGACACCAUCAACAUCAGAUUCACACCCAACAGCAAGCCGUACAGAGUAUGA